AUGACUCAUAUGGGCCAAGGAAAAAGUGCAGCCUUGGAUCCACAGUGGAACCACAACCCGCCCGGCUACCCAGCCUUCGGGCCGGAGAGCCUCCAAACCAGCAACUACUCCUUGGUGUUGUUGAUUCAGCUCAGCCUGCUCUCCUUUGACCUCUUUGUAAACUCCUUCAGCGAGCUGCUAAGGAAUGAACCAGCAGUCCAGUUGGUGCUUUUCAUCAUCCAAGACAUUUCCAUCUUGUUCAACCUGAUCAUCAUUCUAUUGAUGCUGUUCAACACCUACGUGUUCCAGAUUGGUCUUGUUGCCGUACUACUGGAACGGUUUAGAAGCCUGCUAAUGCUCUCGGCUCUCUACCUGACCUUCAGUAUAAUACUACAUUCCUGGCUCAUGAAUCUGCGCUGGCUAAACACUAACAGAUUUAUUUGGACGGAUGGCCUUCAGGUGUUGUUUGUGUUCCAAAGAACUGCUUCUGUGUUGUACUACUACUUCUACAAGAGGACAUCAGAGUAUCUGGGUGACCCUCGCCUCUAUGAGGAUUCACCGUGGCUGCAAGAAGUCUUCGCUCGUGCCAGACAGUGAUCUCGCUACAACAGAUUACACAAUGCAUCGAAGAUAAAAGAUUGCACGGUAAAAAGAGCUAUAUUAAGUAUUGUCAAAUGAAAAUCUUAUUCCAAACAGCCUAUGUUAACUCACUUUAUAUGCAAGGUGAUGAGAGCUUUCUUAAAGGGAUUUUGAAAUUAAAAGACAUUUCUGUUUGGGCAGAUUCAUUUUUCAAUUAAAUAUUAAAAAAAACAAAUCAAAAAAACAAUUGAGGUGUGAAAUGCUUUUCUUGCAACAUGUGCGUGUACCUUGACAGGCCAGAAAUACCCCACAUAACAUUUCCUCUCAGAGAAGGAAGGAUUGUGCCAAAAUAUGUGAGGGUGUUUCAGAAUAAAAUCAAGGAGAGACUUUUUUUAAGGAGACUUGUUUUCCUUUUUCAAAAGGUAAAAAUGUCAUAAAGAAAACUGUGAUAAUGAUUUUAUGGAAAUGCCUUUUGUAGAGGUUUUAAUGCAUCAAAAGAACAUUAACAACUUGUUAUAACAUAUCAAUUACUUUGUUAAAUUCUUUACAACUGUUUAUAAUCAUGCAAAACAUAGUGACACUAAGAUUAUAAAUCACAUUAAUACCUUAAUAACCUCAACACUGCUUCAUGUCACAGUCCUAAACUCAUAUUCUUUUUGUGAUUUAAUAUUAAAGGUGUUAUCAAAUGUUACACAAACAAACACCAAUUCAUGUGCUUAUGGUGCAUUUAUAGCAUUUUCAUUUGACAAUGUUUUCUGUUGUGUUUUUUAAAAUAUUUUGUUACCUCAUGUUCUUCCUUCUGUCCAUUUGUUCUUGCAGUAAGUUUUUUUUAUCUCUAAAAGUUUAUUAUAUUUUGACUGUUUUAUAUCAAAUAAAACAAUUUGUGUUGCUCUGAGUUCUUUUUUAAUAUGACAUUGGCAAAGUUUAACUAUGUUACAUCUAGCUAAUGGUGUGAAUCUGAACUGGUUGUGUUUC